AUGAGCGCCUCUAUGGAAUUUAUGGACUCAAGUGUCGACUCAGAAUUUCUCGGAACCACUGGCGGCGGCCGCGCCUGUCAUCGAGGACCAGCCGACGGAGGGGCGGAAGGUGGACGGAGACCGGGGGAAGAGCGCGAGGAUGAGGGACCAGAGAGGACACGAUGCCGAGGGCGAAGGGGAAGUAGAAGGCGGAGGAAGGCCGAAGGAAAGGAAGAGGAAAAUCGAGAUACACUCACCAGAGUACACCUAUGGGACUACAGCCACCGGAGUACCCCCACGAACUACACCCACCAGAGUACACCCAACGGGACUACACUCACCAGAGUACACCUAUGGGACUACAGCCACCGGAGUACCCCCACGAACUACACCCACCAGAGUACACCCAACGGGACUACACUCACCAGAGUACACCUAUGGGACUACAGCCACCGGAGUACCCCCACGAACUACACCCACCAGAGUACACCCAACGGGACUACACUCACCAGAGUACACCUAUGGGACUACAGCCACCGGAGUACCCCCACGAACUACACCCACCAGAGUACACCCAACGGGACUACACUCACCAGAGUACACCUAUGGGACUACAGCCACCGGAGUACCCCCACGAACUACACCCACCAGAGACACCCACGGGACUACACUCACCAGAGUACACCUAUGGGACUACAGCCACCGGAGUACCCCCACGAACUACACCCACCAGAGUACAGAGUACACUGUACUUAUCCACCGGAGAACACCCACAGGGGUACACCCACCAGAGUACACCCACGGGACUACACUCACCAGAGUACACCUAUGGGACUACAGCCACCGGAGUACCCCCACGAACUACACCCACCAGAGUACACCCAACGGGACUACACUCACCAGAGUACACCUAUGGGACUACAGCCACCGGAGUACCCCCACGAACUACACCCACCAGAGACACCCACGGGACUACACUCACCAGAGUACACCUAUGGGACUACAGCCACCGGAGUACCCCCACGAACUACACCCACCAGAGUACACCCAACGGGACUACACUCACCAGAGUACACCUAUGGGACUACAGCCACCGGAGUACCCCCACGAACUACACCCACCAGAGACACCCACGGGACUACACUCACCAGAGUACACCUAUGGGACUACAGCCACCGGAGUACCCCCACGAACUACACCCACCAGAGUACACCCAACGGGACUACACUCACCAGAGUACACCUAUGGGACUACAGCCACCGGAGUACCCCCACGAACUACACCCACCAGAGUACACACCCCGGGACUACACUCACCAGAGUACACCUAUGGGACUACAGCCACCGGAGUACCCCCACGAACUACACCCACCAGAGUACACACCCCGGGACUACACUCACCAGAGUACACCUAUGGGACUACAGCCACCGGAGUACCCCCACGAACUACACCCACCAGAGUACACCACUGGCCUACACUCACCAGAGUACACCUAUGGGACUACAGCCACCGGAGUACCCCCACGAACUACACCCACCAGAGUACACACCCCGGGACUACACUCACCAGAGUACACCUAUGGGACUACAGCCACCGGAGUACCCCCACGAACUACACCCACCAGAGACACCCACGGGACUACACUCACCAGAGUACACCUAUGGGACUACAGCCACCGGAGUACCCCCACGAACUACACCCACCAGAGUACACCCAACGGGACUACACUCACCAGAGUACACCUAUGGGACUACAGCCACCGGAGUACCCCCACGAACUACACCCACCAGAGUACACCCAACGGGACUACACUCACCAGAGUACACCUAUGGGACUACAGCCACCGGAGUACCCCCACGAACUACACCCACCAGAGUACACCCAACGGGACUACACUCACCAGAGUACACCUAUGGGACUACAGCCACCGGAGUACCCCCACGAACUACACCCACCAGAGUACACCCAACGGGACUACACUCACCAGAGUACACCUAUGGGACUACAGCCACCGGAGUACCCCCACGAACUACACCCACCAGAGACACCCACGGGACUACACUCACCAGAGUACACCUAUGGGACUACAGCCACCGGAGUACCCCCACGAACUACACCCACCAGAGACACCCACGGGACUACACUCACCAGAGUACACCUAUGGGACUACAGCCACCGGAGUACCCCCACGAACUACACCCACCAGAGUACACCCAACGGGACUACACUCACCAGAGUACACCUAUGGGACUACAGCCACCGGAGUACCCCCACGAACUACACCCACCAGAGUACACCCAACGGGACUACACUCACCAGAGUACACCUAUGGGACUACAGCCACCGGAGUACCCCCACGAACUACACCCACCAGAGUACACCCAACGGGACUACACUCACCAGAGUACACCUAUGGGACUACAGCCACCGGAGUACCCCCACGAACUACACCCACCAGAGUACACCCAACGGGACUACACUCACCAGAGUACACCUAUGGGACUACAGCCACCGGAGUACCCCCACGAACUACACCCACCAGAGUACACCCAACGGGACUACACUCACCAGAGUACACCUAUGGGACUACAGCCACCGGAGUACCCCCACGAACUACACCCACCAGAGUACACCCAACGGGACUACACUCACCAGAGUACACCUAUGGGACUACAGCCACCGGAGUACCCCCACGAACUACACCCACCAGAGUACACCCAACGGGACUACACUCACCAGAGUACACCUAUGGGACUACAGCCACCGGAGUACCCCCACGAACUACACCCACCAGAGACACCCACGGGACUACACUCACCAGAGUACACCUAUGGGACUACAGCCACCGGAGUACCCCCACGAACUACACCCACCAGAGUACACCAUACUUACCCACCGGAGUACACCCACGGGGCUACACCCACCAGAGUACAGAGUACACUGUACUUAUCCACCGGAGUACACCCACUGGAAUCGAACAAGUACACCGUCCUGAGCAACUACAACCUCUGGAGCACGUACAGUACUCCCUCUCGCACAAGUACACCUUCCCGAGCAAAUUCCGUGCGACGGGAACCCGAGACGCGAGGACCGUUUGUACUUGAAGAUCCUCGGAUGAAAGAUCAAAUGGAGACGCGCAUGAAAAGAGGACACGGCGCGCUGAUAGCCACACCGGCGCUACUUAAUAUGUCUCAUUACCACUCUGUGAAAGCAAUAAGAAAUCUGCUGCGCAUCUAG